ACGGCCCUUUCAGCGCAAGGAAGUACUUCCGCCACAUGUGUUGCUCUCUCCUGCUACAUGCGCAGAAAUGAAUAGAUAAAUAAUAAAGGUUUUUAUUGUUAGGGUUCAAUUCCCGGUUUCGUUUGAUUUGGAGCAGCCGGCGGUGGGAGACAUGGAGGACGUUAUCAAGCUACCGGCGGCACCGGGGGACGGAACACAGACCAAGAAGAGAAGCAGACCGAAAGUCGACCCGGAGGAAGAGGAGAAGCUGCGGCAGCAGAACUUGAAGAAGCUAGCGGUUCUUGGGGAGGAGGACGGAACCGUUAAGAGGCUCGAGUCGUUGGUGUUCGGGACAGAGGACCAGCUGCUGGAGAGGCUGGUGGAGGAGGAUGAGAAGCUGACGGGAGAUCUGCUGUUGGAGGAGGACAGGGAUGAAGAGGAGGAGGAGGAGGAGGCUCAUCAGGAGCUGCAGCCCAGACAAGAUGCCUGGGUGGACGAGGAUGAUGAGCUGGAGGAAGAGGUGGACAUGACACAUCGUUACCGUAGAAACCUGAUGAAAGGAGAGGCCGAGACCACCAUGUCCAAACAGAAGCUGCAUCAGAGGAUGAGGGAGCAGUUCCAGAAGUCAAUGGGAGGAACUCCAUCGUGGGCUGAGUCCAGCAACCAGAGAAAGAAGAAAGCUGAUGAUGACGACGAAGAUGACGACGAAGAUGACCUUUUAAGGAGGACAGGAAACUUUGUGGCAUCUUCGGAGAGUCUUCCCGGUGGUAUCCUGAGGGUGAAGAAGUGUCUGCCUGCCAACAGCGCCCGUCCCUCCGAGGACCGGCUGACCACCGUGCAGUUCCACUCAUCUGCUCAGGUCAUCCUGACAGCCGGUCUCGACCAGUCCCUCUCCCUCUUCCAGGUCGAUGGAAAGACAAACCCAAAAAUCCAGAGCAUCCACCUGGAGCGGUUCCCUAUCCACAAGGCCCAGUUCAGUCUGGAUGGAGAGACGGUGAUCGCCACUAGCCUGAAGAACAAGAUGUUCUACCUGUACGACAUGAUGGAUGGCAGGGUGGUGCCGGUCCAUUCCAUACGGGGCUUAAAUGAAGCCAGGGUGAAGGAGUUCUGCGUGUGUCCUGAUGGGGGUGAGCUGCUGCUGACCGGAACCAACGGGUACCUCCACCUGCUCACCCUCAAGACCAACGAGGUCAUCAGGAGUUUAAAGAUAAAUGGUGAUGUCAGUGGCGUUGCCUUCUCUCACGAUGGCAGAAAACUCUUUGUGAACUCUGAGGAGGGGGAGGUGUGUGUUUGGGAUGUGCGAAACAGUCAAUGCAUCAACAGGUUUUCAGACGACGGCUGUGUGAGGGGGACGUCGAUCGCCACCUCACGUAAUGGGCGAUACCUGGCCUGUGGCUCUCAGUCUGGAGUGGUCAACAUCUACUCCCAGGAGGCGUGUCUAAACUCGGCCAAUCCGAAGCCUCUGAAGGCGGUGAUGAAUCUGCUGACGUCAGCCACAUCGCUGACCUUUAACCCCUCCUCUGAGAUCCUUGCUAUUGCUUCUCGAGUUGAAGAUGAGGCCAUGCGGCUGGUUCACCUGUCCAGUCUUACCGUGUUCUCCAACUUCCCUGUUGCCAAGAGGAAGGUGGUCUACCGAACCAGCUGCCUGGACUUCUCACCGCACAGCGGCUUCUUCUCCCUGGCUAACAACAAGGGCCACGCCCCCCUCUUUAGGUUGCUGCAUUAUAAAGACUUCUGAAGAGACCAACCCCAUGUGUUCUGAUAGGACUGGACUGGACCCACUGAACCACUAAAUUCUGAGCAGAACUCAGUGGAUCCAAAAUGUUGUGCUGUUUGUUUUUAAUGUGACUAUAAAAGACCUCCAUCUGGACCCGGAUGAUUCCUUCAGAACCAGCACACUCCUCUAACGGAGGAGUGCUCUGUUUUCUGGUUGGGGCGAUCCGGUCUGGUGAAUCAGAACCUUAAAACAACCUCAGCUGCUGAAGUUUCAGUCUCUGAACUGAGACAGUUCUCAUGUUUUACAUCUGGAUUGUUUGGAUCAGAACUGAAUCAAACCAGCAGAUUCUGGGCUGAGUUCAGCUCCUGGUCCAGAUGUCUGACGUCGGUCACAUGACCUGGAUUCACUCAUUUGUUUCUGUUGACAUUUGUAAUAAAAUGUAAACCGAACUUGUUUACACCAACAA